GACCUCAUCGGGGCAUUAAGCGCUCAGUCAAAGCACCAAGAUGAGUCUCUCCGAGAAGGACAAAGCCAGAGUCAAGGCCUUCUGGUCUCUGGCGUCCAAAAGGGCAGACCUCAUCGGAAGCGACGCUCUGACCAGGAUGAUCUACGUGUACCCCCAGACUAAGACCUACUUCUCCCACUGGAAGGACUUGAGCCUCGGCUCGGCUCCGGUCAAGAAGCACGGCAAGGUGAUCAUGAAAGGCGUCGACGAGGCCAUCGGCAAAAUCAACAACCUGACCGCGGGCCUGCUGAACCUCAGCGAGCUGCACGCCUUCACCUUGAGAGUGGACCCCGCCAACUUCAAGAUUCUUUCCCACUGCAUCCUCGUGGUGAUGGCCACGCUGUUCCCGAAGGAGUUCACCCCGGAGGUCCACCUGUGCAUGGACAAGUUCCUGGCCGCCCUGACUCUCGCCAUCAGUGAGAAGUACAGAUGAACAACAUCCAGCAUGCCCACGGGAUUCAAUUCAUUUCUCUCGCUCUCCGUUGGGCUUAGUUUCAAUAAAUGAUCAAAAGCAAUGAUAAA